CCUCCCCAGCCUCUCCAGACGCCUCCCGGGAUGCCCCUGCAGGUUAGCGACUACAGCUGGCAGCAGACGAGGACUGCGGUCUUCAUCUCUGUGCCCCUUAGAGGCGUCAGCGUCAGGGACGCGGACGUGUUCUGCACGGAAAACUAUCUGAAGGUGAACUGUCCUCCAUUUUUAUUUGAGGUGUUUCUCUAUGCUCCCAUAGACGAUGAGAGCAGCAAAGCCAAGAUUGGGAAUGACACUAUUGUUUUCACUUUACACAAAAAAGAAGCGGCCAUGUGGGAGACCCUUUCUCUGUCAGGUGUUGACAAAGAGAUGAUGCAAAGAAUAAGGGAGAAAUCUAUCCUACAAGCACAAGAAAACGCAAAAGAAGCUAUGGAAGCAAAAGCUGGGGCAAGGCGGGAAGAUCAAAAAUAUACACUAAAUGUCAUGAUGAAGAUUGAAGAAGAAGAGAGGAAAAGAAUAGAAGAUAUGAAAGAAAAUGAACGGAUAAAAGCAACUAAAGAAUUGGAAGCCUGGAAAGAACGUCAAAGAAAAGCUGAAGAACGUAAAAUAAUUCAGCGAGAAGAAAAAUUAUAUCAACAAGAAAAGCAAAUUGAAGAAGAGAGAAAAAAAUUAAAACAUAAAGGUCUUACUAGGAAUUCAGUAUCUAGAAAUCUUGCCACAAAAGGGAGAAAUUCAGAAAAUAUAUUUUUUGAGAAGUUAAAGGAAGACAGUAUUCCUGCUCCUCGCUCUGUCGGCAAUAUUAAAAUCAACUUUACCCCUCGAGUAUUCCCAACUGCUCUCCGGGAAUCACAGGUAGCAGAAGAAGAGGAGUGGCUACAUAAACAAGCAGAGGCACGAAGAGCAAUGAAUACUGACAUUCCUGAACUUUGUGAUUUAAAAGAAGAGGAAAAGAACCCAGAAUGGUUGAAGGACAAAGGAAACAAAUUGUUUGCAACAGAAAACUAUUUGGCAGCUAUUAAUGCAUACAACUUAGCCAUAAGACUAAAUAAUAAGAUUCCACUACUGUAUUUGAAUCGGGCUGCUUGCCAUCUAAAACUGAAAAACUUACACAAGGCCAUAGAAGAUUCUUCUAAGGCACUAGAAUUAUUGACACCACCUGUUGCAGACAAUGCUAAUGCAAGAAUGAAGGCACAUGUACGACGUGGGACAGCAUUCUGUCAACUAGAAUUGUAUGUAGAAGGCCUACAGGAUUAUGAAGCUGCCCUUAAGAUUGAUCCAUCCAACAAAAUUGUACAAAAUGAUGCUGAGAAGAUUCGGAAUAUAAUUCAAGGAACAGAACUAAAAUCUUAAUGACUACUAGAAGCAACUAGGUAUUGUACUAGGUAUUGUUCUAAGUUUUACAAAAAUAACUGGAGGCAUUAGGAAUCUGUGCAUAU